GCGCUGGGGAUAGUCACACGGGAAGGGUGUUCCAUCCACCAACUUCAUAUUCAUCCCACUUGAAUACUCAAGUUUUAUUUAUUUAACCUCUGAAAACUGUCGUGUCUUAAUUCCACGGAUACUUACCUCAUCUUGGGUGGUUUCACUAACGACUGCGAGAGACCUGUAUUGUAUUUCUCAAGUUUGUAAUUAGUGAACAGAUUGCGUGGUUUGGUAUAUAAGACAAGGCAGGAGGGCAAAUAUAAUCAUUUUGAUGAUUUGCAAGAAGAGAGAAACUUGAAUCGAAAAUGUCAUUUGGAAAAAAAGUAAUGUGAUAAAUGACCUCUUCGGUUGUCUAUAGAAAGUUUUCAUAUAUAUAUAUAAUGUUUGUUACCAAUUGUUGAAAUACAAUGACAACCCGAGUGACAAAAAUAUUAAAACAGAAAAUCUAUAUAACAAACUAUAAAACAGUUCGCCUAUAACACUAUUUCCGAACUUGAGAAAUAAAAAUCUCUACACUAAAAAUUUUUUUUAGGAGUCCUUAAGAAAAACAUUACGUAUGAAGAUUUUGGAUAUAGGAAUGAAUUAGUAAAAAAUUCACUAUUUUUUUGAUCAACCACAACUACACUAAAUGGCCACACACCAAGACGUGGAGACGUUAUCUAGGGAAGAUGCUGUCUCAACAGGUUGACGUAGGCGUGGGCGGCGUUACUGAAGGUAUGGAACUCCACCAGCAGCAGCAGCAGGAGAUAGCUUCCAUGCUCUGCAAUUGCCACACCGAAACAGACAGCAUGACUGAUACCCAACUGACGGUGAUAUGUCAGCCCAACGUCACAUGUUCAGCACUCAACGGCCUUCCAGGAGCCACCAUCGUCUCUCCUAUUCUUCUGUGUCUCAGUGGAGUAACAGGUCAGAUCUGGGCACUAUAUUACCUCUACACUACCACGAGACCUCAGCAUUCUCGUACAGUCUUCUUCGUGUUACUGAGUACACUCAUCUGGACCGACCUAAUAGGCAAGGUGCUCACCACUUCCCCGGCGUUGGUGGCCUACGUUCACGGCAGAUGGGUCGGAGGGGUACCCCUGUGCAAUUUUCACGGGUUCUCCAUGAUGUUGAUCAGCCUGGUGACACACUUGCUGGUCUCUACCAUGGCUGUGGAGAGGUUCAUCGGUAUUAGACACGGUUAUUUCUACAACAAAAACAUCACUACCUCUAGAACCAAGCUGUUGCUUCUGGGCAUCUGGCUCUUCUCCGUGCUCUUCUGCGCCCUGCCGCUCUUCGGGGUAGGUCAGUAUGGACUGCAGUACCCUGGUUCCUGGUGCUUCGUUAACAUCCACGUCACCAGCGACUCUCCCCUCAGACACCUCAUCUAUACCAACGUCUUCGGUAUCUUCACCAUCGUCAACCUCCUCAUUAUGGUCUUCUGCAACAUCGUCGUCAUCAUUGUCUUACUGGAGAAAGCCAUGUCUCGCAGAGGUAACUUUUGCCAAGCGACCCUGCUGUGUCUCCGGCUGUGCAGGCAGCGGUGCUCGGACACAAGCUUCUGUGCUCCCCAUCGCACCUACAGACAGAGAGAACUGGAGAUGCAGAUGGUUACCGUUCUCCUCGUCAUCACCGUCGUCUUCGUCGUCUCCUGGACACCCAUUGACCUUCGACUCUUCUUGAACCAGGUGUGGCCUCACAAGACCCGGGAGGAUCACCUCCAAGACCUAAUUGCUGUGCGCCUGACGUCCAUUAACCAGAUCGUCGACCCCUGGGCAUACAUCAUCUGCAGGAAGGUGUUUGCGACGCGAGCGUGGCGGUGGGUGAGACUCUCCCUGAUGGGUUCCAGACUCCUGGGCAGGGAAAGUUCCAGCCAUCCUGGAGGUUCUCACAAGAAACUUUCCAGGACGGCCAAACCACCGGAGAAGAUUCAGUACAAGACACCUUAUAAAGGAGGAGGUGGAGGUGAAGAAAUGGUGGGGGUUAAAGAUGUAGUGGUGGUGGUGGCGAAAGACUCCCUGAUCUUGUCUCCUACACCUCCACCACUGCCUCCAACACCUCCACCACUACCACCGCCGCCAAGGACGCCCGCUAAGGACACCAAGCCUGUUGCCACCUCCAAGGACAUGGGAGGCACAAACGAGGGAGGAGGGAGCACAGUGGAGUGGGCGUUGAGGGAACCCAAGAGUCUUAUACCCACCAUCACUUCCACUGCUACUCCCACUAACAUUCCACUCACCAACUUCAUCGAUUCCGAACCUACUACUUACGCCACCCCACCGCAUGCUGCUGGCCAAGACAUGUUAACACUGGGUGUAGUGCCCAUCCCUGUGUUCACCUCGGAGCAGUAUUGUGUUCGUCAGCUGGUAGAGCCCGAGCACCGUCACCAUCAAUACCACCACAACCAUCAACUGCGUUUCAGUCGCCUCCCCUACUCUGCCAGUGCCAGGUGUUCACCGACUUCCGGAGACACAGGACAAACUGGAGGCAUCAAUAGUGAGACACUGUCGGAUUCUUGGGUGUCAGUGUCAUCAGUGCUGGGGCGUCGACACUCCUGGUGCUGUACGCAGAUUCCUUCCAAUGAUAAGCAGUACCGUACACAGAGCACCCAGACCAUCAUUACCCCCAACACUCUAGGAGACGAUUUCCUAAACUACACCAGCGUCAGUCAGGGGCAUGACCUUCUCGACGACUCCGUCAGUCAGGGGCACGACCUCUUCGACCAUGUCAACCUCAGUCAAGGGAACGGCCAAGCCAUUCGUCAUACAACUAGUGAUAAGUCCCCAUACCACCUCGCUGCCACUUUCCCCUACCUCAACGCUUCUACUAACACCGUUCACCCUAGAGUCACUUCCCCCGUCCAGCACAGAGCUACUUCCCCAAUGAACCUCAUUCCACCUCAUCAAUCUAUCGACUUCAUUUCCCAGAACCACAUCCAACAAGACCAAGAAACAGACACCCACCAUGAAAAUCUUCACCAAGACGCCAAAUACCCAACCCGCCUUCACUCAAACCCCACCAAUCCUUCCUCGGAGCCCUCAUCGCGACUUUUAAACCCCAUCACCCCUCUCCACCACCCACAGAACAUCUCCAAUCUAGAUUUCUGCAACUUCAACAGCGAGGGACACCUCAGCAGACCUACAGACAAUCGCUCGGUCAGACACGAGGAUAGUAAGUCUGUGUUUAUCAUCGGUAACAAUGUGAUUCCAUGGAUAGAUGAUUCCCAAAGUGCUGAAAAUAACAAUUGUGUUUUAAAAUCAAUCAGUUCAAAGAGCACCCCUGAGCAUAGAGAUUAUAAGAACUUUUUUUGAAUGCUCUAAACUGAAUCUCAGUGAUACAGUCUUUAUCUUUCAGAAAAAUCUAAUUACGUAAACAGUUCCGUAAUGAUAAAGUUGUAAGAUUUUGUAAACUAAAGCUGUAUAGCCCUUGUGGUUUAGCGCUUCUUUUUGAUUAUAAUAAUGUAAACUAAAGCAGCUUUGUGGUGGUAAAGUCUUCGUAAAAAAAAAAUGGAAAUGAAACAUAUUUGUGAAUUGUGACUAAGAUGAGCCAAGUUUGCCUUAGCAAACAACAGGCAGCUAACACGACAGAGUCCAUCAGGUAUGGACAUAAAAAUGAAAUGAUUUGAUUGCCACGGUUCAGUGAACUAGUGACGAACCAGUGAACUAGUGACGAACCAGUGAACUAGUGACGAACCAGUGAACCAGUGACGAACCAGUGAACCAGUGACGAACCAGUGAACCAGUGACGAACCAGUGAACUAGUUACGAACCAGUGAACCAGUGACGAACCAGUGACGAACCAGUGAACCAGUGACGAACCAGUGAUGCUGAGUGGUAAACACUUUAACCAUUAAGUGGAAGCUCGUUUAGAAGUGAAACUAUACGAAAAUGGUUAAAAAUUAUUCAGAGUGAUGCUCAGAAUUAGAUACAGUAGACCAGUGAGAGAAACUUCCAGUGAGGCGAGUCUGUGAACCAGCGAGUCUGUGAACCAGCGAGUCUGUGAACCAGCGAGACUGUCUCUAACUGAAGCGAGACACCAAACAAAUGGCCAGUAGAAAGUUAUAUAUGUAGCUCCAAUUAGUACUUUUAACUCUACAAAUUUUUUUUUCUUAAGAAUUAAAAGUACUUAAAGAAAUUCCCUCCCUUUUCAAAGCAUUAUUAUCGGGAAGCGCUAGACCCGCAGGAGUCAUUCAGCACCUGGGAAAUGUUUAGAAUAAUAAUGAUAAUGGUACACCUGCGUGUAUUCCGGGGGUCAGCGCCCCCGCGGCUCUGUCCGUGACCAGGCCGCGAGUAACGUAUAUGUAGCGCGAAUAUAGUGGACAGAGGAUCGAGCCUCCACAAUUUCCUUCGCUAAAUGAUCCACACGGGUAUAGCGCAUCACAUAUAAAUUUUCCAGAGUGGGAAGAUUGCGAUUUAUAUUGUUGUCAACUUUCGUUUGAGAGAAAGUUGUCGAGUUUGUAUUUACACAAUGUUUAAACUUGUGUAGUUAGACAAUGGGAAUCAUCCUGCCUAGAAACUGGCUGGAAGUUGUUCUUUGAGAUUUUGACCUCUAUGGUAAGAGAGCAAAUGACUGCCGACAACUUGAGAGGAAACGUACACGAAUAUAUUCACUGUAUAAUGGUUUAAAGACCGAAACGUCUGCUAUAAAGAUGUCCAAAGUAAAUCCAUUCGUGUUCAAUUCUUUUAAUCUGACCUCCGUCUAAGGUCCUUUUACUGCAGAUCAGUCUUGUCUCCGUGAGAGUUAAUUGCAGCUGCUAAAUGCAUAACACACUAUUGCUCCAUCCACAGAAUAUGAAUACCGACAGAUUGUAAAAAGGGUUAUUCAAACUUUCUAUUUUGAAAAUAUGCAUGAGUUCGUUUAUGCGCAUUAUUAGACUUCUGGCAGUUUACUGGACAUAUAUUUUAUCACAACCUCCACAGGGAAUUUUAUUCAUCCUGGAACUUCUUGAUUUUGAGUAGUGUUUUUGUGCCUUGUGAGUUCCUCUACAAUGAGGUGAUGACCGAUAUCUGCUGUUGGCAUAGUUCAUUAACACUAUAUUCUUGAGAGGCACCUUACAUGUAGAAAAGAUUAAGUAUCUGUCAUUGUUGUUCUCGAUAUUUUGUGAUGUAGUCCAGCUGGGCUUGUGAGCAGCAGCUCCGCUCGAAUCUCUGCUCAGGAGCUCUGCAUCCCAGCAGCAGCUCCGCUCGAAUCCCCCUACUCAGCUCUUCCUUGGGCUUUUAUGGUGGUCCAAGCACCCUCCACAACCACGUGUACGACCUGACGCCUAGGUCUGAGGCGUCAAGAACAAAAGACCUCAGACGUGGGCGUGGCUACAGACGUUUGCCAAGGCAAGGUGUGACCAUAUAAUUGGUUAAAUUAUGUCUCCCCAGAGACCUCACAAGCCCAGCUGGACUACAUCACAAUUUGAGUAUGUUCAGUGUCUUCGCGGCUUUCCUUCUGCUAUAUUGUACAAAUAUGAGUUGAAAUUUCUAAAAGAAAUCUUUUGAUAUUGCUACACUGAUAUAGGAAAGCUGGACUGCGUCCUGUCAGUACGCAGAAAGUCUAGUCUAAGGAGGACGCUACCUUCUUAGUCCGGUUGUGAUGUAGCCAAUAUUGCAGGUCAUUUCUGUGGGUUGGCUUGAAAUAGAUUUGAAAAGAUUUAUUAUCUAUUACUCUAAACCAUACCACGGAUGGGGUUAAAACCCGCGAUCAGAGAGUCACAAAACUCCAGACCGACGCGUUAGCCACUGGCCCAGUGGCUAACGCGUCGGUCUGGAGUUUUAUGCCUCUUAUCGCGGGUUCUAACCCCACCCUUGGAAUGGUUUGUUUGCAAUCGUGUCAUUACAAUUUCGCGAGUCAUCUGUUACUCCAUUUGUGAGGACUUCAGAAAACGGGAAUGCGUUUGUUUACUUUUCUUGGAUGAAACUGUAUUGAUGGUUCGGUAGUGCUUUUGUUGCUACAAAGAUGUAGUAAAUGGAAAUGUUAGAGUUAUGAUCAUACCAUCAACUUAGCCAUGAUAUGUGGUUUGAAAUUCUGGAAAAAGUUUGUCUUCAUGUACUCCAUUGCGAUACCGACAAACUGUGGAAAAGAACACUGCUGGAUAAUUCAAUAUCCAAAAUUGAAGACCAGUGUUCUUUUCCACAUUAACCAGAGCAUCACUAUGGCUAUACCAAAAGACUGAUAAAGCCCCUGGCGGGCAAAACGUCUCGUUAAUAAAUGUCCUGAUACGGCAUUUGUGUCUUACGUUUCGGCGUUGCUCCAUAUUUACAACCUGAGAAGGCCAAGUCGAAGAGUUUGAUGAGAGAGAUUUGACAGAGUCAUUUGUCUCUGUAUCUGAGUGAUGGUAGUGAAUAUUUUUGAGAAAA